GAGACGGCAGUGCAUUCCUUUUAUUUAAAAAAAUAACGCGGUGGGUGAUUACUGAUUACAGUUCAGGAGCAAAGCUUUUAAGAUGAUCCGGUGGUCCAUAAUCGCGUUUUGCGCGAUGGUAGCGUGUUCGAGUGCGAUCGAAACUAAUUCUCGGUUUAAACCGAAAAAAUCUAGGAGUGCUGAUCUUCAACCUGGCUCACAAGCUGAAGCGGAUGAAACGGUGAACAAUCUUCUCCAGUGGAUUCAAGGGCUUUAUCAACAGAAGAAUAGGAAAGCUCGUCAAUACUUUGGAGGCAAGCCAGAGAGGCCCAGGCCAUUUGAACCUCCAGCUUACCUCCCCCCACUUGGUUACCCGCCAUCUGGUAACCGACCCACACCUGCGUAUAGUGAAGGCCCGUCACCUUCAAGCCCAUCAUACACGCCUAGCUCUCCUUUCCUGCCAAGUCAACCUUCAUACCAGCCACCUAAGACUGAAGAACAACCUUUCCAACCUAGCCAACCAACUUACCAGCCAAGUCAACCCUCAUAUCAACCAAGUCAACCAACCCAACCCUCUUAUCAGCCUAGCCAACCUUUACAACCUUCCUAUCAACCCAGCCAACCUUCUCAACCACCUUAUCAACCAUCUCAACCUUCCUACCAACCGAACCAGCCAUCUCAACCCUCCUAUCAACCAAGUCAACCUACACAACCUUCUUACGAAACGAGUCAACCUUCACAGCCGAGUUACCAGCCAAGUCAACCUAGCUAUCAACCUAGUCGACCAUCACAGCCUAAUUAUGAACCUAGUCAACCAACUUCUCCAUCAUAUAGGCCUAGUCAGCCUGAUUCAGAACUAACAAGCCAACCAAAUCGACCACAGCCUGAAACCCCAGGAUACGGAGGAAGUGACAAUACACCACCAAACAUACCAGAGUCAGUGCCAGAAGAUGAUGAUCGUCAUCCUCCACAUAUUCAUGAUAUAACUGUUGACUGCGGUAAGCAAAUGAUGACCAUAAACAUAGAGUUCAACAAAGUUUACAAUGGUAUUAUCUACUCACAAGAUCAUUUUAAGGACUCUGAUUGUGUGUACGUCAAAGAAAACUCAAACCAAAUUAAAUAUUCCUUUACUGUUAGUCUCAAUAAAUGUGGAACAAGAUUCUUUAGUGAUUUCGAAAAUGAAGGGCAGGCUUACUUAGAAAAUGUGCUAGUUCUUCAAAAUGAACCUGGAAUACAAGAAGUUUGGGAUCAUAUUCGCAGAGUAAGAUGUCUCUGGGAAGGAAAUUUGACUAAACAGCUGGUUUCAUCUUUAAGCGUUGGAAUGUUGAAUCAAAUUACUAGUAAUUUCAGCGGAGACACUGCAAUGGCUCGAUUAGACAUUCAAACUGGUAGAGGACCUUUUGCACCGGAAGCUAACGGAUUAGUUAAGAUUGGUGAAAUCAUGACGCUUGUAGUAUCCGUAAGUGGAGAUGCAGGAUUUGAUAUUUUGGUAAGAGAGUGUGUAGCCAGAGAUUCUGAUAAUAAUCAUGUUGUACCAUUGACUGAUUCAAAUGGAUGCGUGUUGAAACCAAAACUUUUCGGGGCGUUCCAAAAGACAAGAGAAACAGGAAACACGGGUGCCUCCGUCAUCGCAUACGCGUUCUUUAACGCGUUCAAAUUUCCAGAUGAAAUGGAUUUGAUCAUUCAAUGUGAUGUCGAACUAUGUAAGACUGACUGUGAAGUCUGCCCCAAUCCUGGAAGCACUGAACCAAGACGGAAAAGACGGGAUAUCAUCCAUUUGGGAAAUAGAACUUAUGAGCCUGUGACGACUAUAGGAAAGGGUCUCAGAGUAGUCUUUGCUGAAGACUUGCCUGUAGACACCGGAAUUUGUAUUUCGUCCAGCGCAGCCUUAUGGGGAGGAAUAUUAGUACUUGCAGGAUCUUUAUUAAGUAGCUUAGCCGUAUCUUUCUGCUGGCAUAGAUCAAGAGGGUCUGUUAAAUAUGCAUAAAAAUAUUUUGUAUUAUAUUAGUUUUAAUACAAACUACGCAGCAGACUUUAUCUUGCGCCAUUUUAUCGAAUUAACAAUGUUAUUUAAAAAGCCAAAAG